AUGAAGAAUUUUAAGGACUUUCCAAAAAUAUCAAGAUCUAAAUUAAAUUAGAUUAUGAUAGACAUGUACACAGCUUUGAAAGAUUUGAGAUUUAUAAAAUAAGCCAAAAAAAAUCAGUGUUUAAAAGUAGAAAUGACAACUCCAGAUGGUUAAGGAAUAAAAAAUACUGUAUUUAUUCUAGUUCUACACUCUUAAAAAGAUUACUAAUAUAUUCAGAGUAAACUUAAUUUAAUACUCACAAUGUUAUCAAAGUUCAAAUCCUCACUUGUCAAACACACAGAUUUAUAAGAAGAUUAUAACAACUAUGAUCCUUGA